AUGAAUAUUGCAUCAAGACAACCCGCUAUUACUAUAGAUUUAGUAUCUUCGGAUGAGGAUGAUUUAUCCAAUUAUGUAGAAUCUAAUCCACAAAAAUUAGGCAACAAUAAUAUACUUGCUGGUGGUGCUAACGAAACUCUAGAUAACAAUAGUAACAAUGUUUCAUUUGAUAAUAAUAUAAAUAAUACCACCAUAACGUCUGGUUUUUCAGCUCCUAGUGCUAUUAGUAAUAAUACAAAUCUUAAAAUAAAUUUACCACAUAAAGAUGAGAAUCAGUUAAUUAUAUUAGAUGAUGACGACGAUUAUGAUUAUGACGACGAAUAUAUGAUUGAUAAACCUAAUUCAGUACCCCAAAGCGUCAAUAGUUACAAUAAUAGUACUUCGUCCACACCCUGGAAAAAAAAUCCCAUUUCUAAAAUAUUGAACGACUACAAUAGUAACGCUACUAAUAAUGAGAUUCAAAGUAACACUAAUGUUACCAUUCCCAAUACUCAUAUUAAUACUAGCUUAUAUGACGAAGUUAAUGAGGAAGUUACCGGAUCCACUAGCUCGUUUAGUACUAGUCUUCAAAAUAGCCCACAAGAAAAGGGUGGAAAAAAAGGAAUUAACGAAGAGGGAAAUAAACAGACACCUAAGGCCAGUAGGCGAAUAAUGAAUGUUGAAACAACUACUGAGCCUGAAAUCAACAACAACAACAACAACAACAACAACAAUAAUAUUAGCAAAGUGAAUCCAGACGUUGAUACAGAAAUGAAUGACAAAGUUAUUAGCACUAACAAUAAUAAACAAGAUACACAAACAGUAUAUUCUGCCGAUGAAAUCAUACAUUCUGAGGUUCCCAAGGAGAAUAACGUUGCCAUUAACCCGGGUCCGUCAGACAAUAGCUCAAAUUCUAUAAAUAAACAAUUUCCCCAUAGCAAUGAGCCAAGAAUAAACACUCUAGUGACCGCUAAAGGAUCUCACGGAAAUAUCAACACUAAACAACGGCCCGAUAUUAGGCUCUCCACUGUGGAGAGUCAUAGUAAUCAUAGUAUCUCUACACCAACACAAACAGGAAAUGUAUCUAUACCUAACUUGUCACAAACGCAGAGGAAUAUGUUGCUAAGAUACCAAGGUAAUAUUCAUAAAUUAAAAGAAACAGGCAAGUCUAACAAUUCGAAACAAAUUUUAUUAAAAAAAAAGGUACAAAAAAGACAAAGGGAAUUGAAUUACUGCUUGGAUGAAGAGAAAAGAGUUAGAAAUGAUAUUACUUUGAGCAGACGUUACCAAAAAGUUCGAUUGUUACAAAUUCAAAAUAACAUCGAAACAUUAAGUAAGAAAAUUAGAAAAAACAAUGAAAAGAUCGUUCAAUGCAAAACUACUGAAAUUCAAAUUAUUAAAGACAUUAGAGAGUUUCAAAAAUUAGCCAAUAACAUAGUGACCAAAGCGGAAAUGGAAAUAUCAAAUAAUUCCGUUAUAAUCACUCCUAAUGAUAACAGUAGUAAACCUAUGGUUGCCUCAUCUCUUAAUACUGUUGGGAUGCAACAUCAACAGCCUAAAUCAGCACUGGAAAUUACCAAGGAAAGAAUGGCUUUGACUACAUUACGUCAAAAAUAUUUAGAUUUUUAUCAAAGGGGAGCAAUUACCAAGGAAGCGUAUGCUGAUAAAUUGGCAGAUUUAAAUAAAAAAUUAACCAGACUAAACAAGUUAUCUCAAGCUGUUAAUAAUUUAAAUGCCAGAAACAUUGUUGAGUCAAGCAAGUUUUUUCAGGUUGAUCAAGCCAUUAGGGGGAAACUUUUGUUUUUACAAAGAUUAAAUUUGCCGGGUGAUUUGUAUCAAAGAGGAUAUGCUAUACUAAUGGCGCUAUCUGAUGUUCAAAAGCAAUUAAUUGAUCCGUCUAAAUCGUCCUAUCUCUUGGCUGUCAGAGAAAAACAAUUGAUGGAUACUUUUUUCAGCACUUAUGGCAUAAAAUUACUUUCUUUUAAUAAUAGCUAUUUAUUACCUAACAACGGUGUUUAUAGUUCAAUUUCUGCUGUUUCCAAACACGGUAUAGAGGAUGGUAGCAAUCCCAACAACAACAUGGAUGUCGGGGAUAGUACAAAUGACUAUGAAAAUAAUCAAACACGAUUUAAUGUUUUUUCUACCGAGGAUCAUAAUUCCUUGCGUAGCUUUUUGGAGGAAAUGAAAAAAGACGAAGUUAAUGUUGAGGGCGAAGAAUUGACUCCAGAUGAAUUGACUAUAAAUUUAAUGAAGCAUCAAAGACAAGGGUUACGAUGGUUGUUAGCCAUGGAGGCUAGCAGUAAAAAAGGUGGACUAUUGGCUGAUGAUAUGGGACUAGGCAAAACAGUUCAGAUGUUAGCGUUGAUGGCUGCCAAUAAAAACAAAGCCGAAGAUGCAAAGACUACUUUGAUUGUAGCACCUGUUGCUUUAUUGAAAGUAUGGGAAGCUGAAAUUAAGACCAAGUUUAAGGAAAAUGCUGCGUUGAAUGUUUUCCCAUUUUACGGUAGUUCGAAAACGGAAUGCUUUGAAGAGUUGAAUAAAUAUGAUGUUGUUUUAGUUUCUUAUCAAACAUUAUCAAGCGAACUAAGGAAACAUUGGCCUGCUAAAUUGAUGAAUAGUAGUGAAUAUAUUGAUGGGAGAGGCCAGAAAUUUGUCUUACCAGAAGUCCCUAGUAUAGAUGGUAUGAAUAGUUUAAAGGAGAAAGAAGAAUAUUUUUCUCCGUUCUUCUUAAAGCAAAGCAAAUUUUAUAGAAUUAUUUUAGAUGAGGGCCAAAAUAUCAAGAACAAGAAAACCAAAGCUGCUGUGUCAUGCUCUAUGAUCAAUUCUGAAUACAGAUGGAUUUUGUCAGGUACGCCCAUUCAAAAUAAUGUUGAUGAGCUAUAUUCUUUAAUCCGAUUCUUGCGUAUUCCACCGUAUAAUAAAGAAUAUAAAUUUAGAGCUGACAUUGGGAGACCAUUAAGCUUGAAAGCGAAUAGAAAUGGUUGUGACUAUAAUGGCACGGAUAGGGAAAAUGCGAUGCAAAAGGUUCAAGUUUUGCUGAAGGCCAUUAUGUUGAGGAGAACUAAAGAAUCCAAGAUUGAUGGACGACCAAUUUUAGAAUUGCCGCCUAAGAAUGUUACUAACGAAAUACAAAAAUUCGAAGGCGGACAAUUGGAAUUUUAUCAAAAUUUGGAAAAUAAGAACAAAAAAAAGGCAGAAAGAUUACUAAAACAAAGAGCUAGAGGGAAUUAUUCCAGCAUCUUGACCUUAUUGCUAAGAUUAAGACAAGCAUGUUGUCACCCAGAAUUAGUUUUAAUUGGCGAGGCAAAAGCUGAGGCUCAAAAAAUGGUUCAUGGGUCUGACUUCCAGAAAGAUUGGGUUCGAUUAUUUUACGUGGCCAAGAGAAUGAAACAAGAAGUUUUUAAAAAAAUUAAUGAUUUUGCUGAAACCGAAUUGGUUUGUCCAGAAUGUAUGGAGCAGAUGGAAUUAAGUUCAUCUUUUCUUAUACCUGGGUGUGGACAUAUGGUCUGUGAUGCUUGCCUUGAAGAAGUUUUGGAGAAAAGUAGAGAAAACAUUUCCAAUGCUGUUAUUAAUCAUAAUAUUUUAAGCAGAGAUGGUGGGGACCCCUUGGCAUGUUGUUUUUGUACUAAAGUGUUUCAGGAAAAGGAAAUUUUAUCUUAUGAAUUAUUUGAUCAGAUUGUCAACCAAAAAUAUACUAUUGAGGAUUUGAAAUGCGAGUUUGAGGCACAAAGGAAAAGGACAAAGGGAAAAAUUUAUACACCUGAUUUUGAAAAAUUGGAGCCAUCGACCAAGAUUGUACAGUGUAUGAAUAUAAUUAGAGCAAUCCAAAAAAAUAAUCCACAGGAAAAAGUGAUUAUUUUUUCUCAAUUCACUUCAUUUUUCGAUCUAUUUCAACAUUUCAUUAAUAAAGACUUGAAAAUGAAUUAUUUAAGAUAUGAUGGUUCAAUGAAGGCGAAUGAUAGAAACCUUGUUAUUGAGAAGUUUUAUAGAGAUCCAGAGGAAAAAAUCCUAUUAAUUUCUAUGAAAGCAGGCAAUGCGGGAUUGACUUUAACGUGUGCUAAUCAUGUAAUUUUAGUUGAUCCAUUCUGGAAUCCAUUUAUUGAAGAACAAGCUAUGGAUCGUUGUUAUCGUAUUUCCCAGACCAAGGAGGUAUUUGUACAUAAACUUUUAGUGGAAAAUAGUGUUGAAGAUAGAAUUGUUGAGUUACAGAAUAGGAAAAAAGAAUUAGUUGGUAUGGCCAUGGAUGCAGAAAAAAUUAGGGAUAUUAAUAGGUUAGGACGUAAGGAAUUAGGGUUUUUAUUUGGUUUGAAUUCUUUAGAUUGA